GGCAGUCUUGUGAUCAGUUCCUACUUCCUGCUAAUUGUUUGUAUCUCUUGGACUUGCAGGGGCAGCGCAGAGCACUGGACACAGGUAGGCAAAAUGCACCUGGUGUCUGUGGGCAUAGUCCUUGCCCUGUCAACUAUCUGCUCGUCCUUGGACAAUGGAUUGGUCAGGACACCUCCCAUGGGCUGGAUGACUUGGGAGCGCUACAGAUGCAACAUUGAUUGUAAAACUGACCCAGAAAAUUGUAUAGGUGAAUAUUUAAUUAAGAGUAUAGCCGACAAAAUGGUUGACAGUGGAUGGAGGGAUCUUGGUUACGUUUACAUUAGCAUCGACGAUUGCUGGACCUUGAAGAAGAGAGAUUCUAACGGACGACUCCAGCCUGACCCAGACAGGUUUCCAAAUGGCAUUAAGGCCCUAGCAGACUAUGUUCAUGCCAGAGGUCUAAAACUUGGUAUAUAUGCUGACAUGGGUAAUUAUACGUGUGGUGGCUAUCCUGGGACAACCUUGGACACUAUUACGAUUGAUGCGGAGACUUUUGCAUCAUGGGAGGUUGAUAUGUUAAAAUUUGAUGGCUGCUACUCAAACUCCUCAGAAAAGGCUCUAGGAUAUCCUAAGAUGAGCGCAGCUUUAAAUGCAACUGGGAGGCCAAUCCUGUAUUCCUGCAGCUGGCCUGCAUAUGAAGGUGGUCUUCCUCCACAGGUGAACUACACAUUAUUGGGUGAAAUCUGUAACAUGUGGAGAAACUAUGGUGAUAUUCAGGACUCAUGGGAGAGUGUGUUGGAUAUCAUAGAAUGGUUUGCAAAGAAUCAGGAUGCUUUGCAACCGGUGGCAGGUCCAGGCAGGUGGAACGAUCCAGAUAUGCUGAUUGUUGGCAAUUUUGGACUCAGCUAUGAACAAUGUAAAUCACAGCUGGCCAUUUGGGCAAUUCUGGCAGCCCCACUAAUCAUGUCCAAUGACUUGAGGACCAUCUCCCAAGAUGCAAAGGACCUCUUACAAAAUCGUCUCAUGAUCUAUAUAAACCAGGAUCCCCUUGGAAAAGAGGGGAAACUAAUUGGAAAGGCUGGCUCCUUGGAGGUGUGGGUGAGAGAGCUGGUGGAGGAACAGUACGCCGUGGCUGUGCUGAAUAAAGGAACAGAUGGUCUGCCGAGACGUUUCACUACAAGCCUUUCCCAGCUGAACAUAACCAAGAGCACCUUUGGCUAUAAACUUUAUGAUGUUUUUGAAAAAGAAUUCUUAGGGACUUUUAAACCAGAAGCAGCUUUUCAGAUGAGCGUCAACCCCUCCGGUGUGGUCAUGUUGUUCAUUCGCCCGGCCGCCAUGCGCAAUCACUUUUUAUAAUGACAACUUGGAUUACAGUGCUAUUUGAAAAUGUAUUAAAAGUGAAGCCGGUGCCACUGGAAGUCGCAUUGCUUUAUACUAAUGUUU